AUGCAUCCACAUCAACUCAAUCAAACUCUAUCGGAAAGAAAAAGAAAUUUGGUAAACAAUACACAAUCUAGUAGCACAACAAAUACAGAAUCAUCAUCAGCCUUGAAGAGUUUUAUAGGAAAUGCCAAUUAUCGAUUUUUAAUUGGUCAAAUCAUUACGUGUCUUGUUUUUAUAAUUUAUGGAGUUUUAAUGAUGAUGGGAGAAGAAAUUGUUGAAUCCUUCCUUGUGCGAGCCUUCUACUUUGAAAUCAUGCUCCUAUUAAUUUUCAUAUUAAUUCCCAUCUAUCUUCUCUUUACAUUUAGUAGUAAUAUAUUUAAAGGAAGAGAAUCUAACAAAAGGAAUGAUGGUGAUGAGCAAUUGUCUCCUUCAGGGUUGCUUGUGCAAAUGAUGGUCCGAUAUUUUGGAGUGUUGUUUGGAGGAGCUUGUUUAAUCUACGUGGGAGUCACUCUCUUUGGAUUUACACCAUUCAUGAGAAUACCUUCGUCGAAUAAUUUCCAAUCGGCAAGGAGUGAUGUUGAACAAACACCAAUGAAUAAUCAGCAAUUGAACAAUAAUUGGAUUUGUGCAAAGAAUAUUCCAGCAAGUAUUUUGAACUCGGAGGAUCAUUAUGUCUUUUCAUUAUUUUCCAAAUGUCACAUAUUCUCAAUUGAUGAAAUCAAGUGUUGCAUUGUGUGGUGCAUUCUCUCGAGUUUGGUUAUAUUUGUUCAACCAAUGGCAACUUUAUUGCAGUGGAAUAAUAUUAAGGAAUAUAUUAAUUUGGUUGUAUUGGAAAAAACUGCUCGAGUCAGAUCAAUUUCAUUCAAUUUGAAACCAGUUAGCCCAUUAAGAACCUUCCUUUUGGUGCAUUUAAUUUGUAUUUGGAUUAGUGGAUUUGUCAUUCCUCUCGAUUGGGAAAAGGACUGGCAAUAUUUCCCAAUAUGCACCACAGUUGGUUUAAUAUUUGGUUCCAUAACUAAUUUAAUUAUUACAUUAGUAACAAUGAAAGUAGAUGUGGAUGAUACCAAGGAGGACUAA